AUGGAUGCCAACACUAAAGCUAUAAUCCUUGUGGGAAAACAAAACUCAAAGAACACAAUAAACAACAUACAAGGCAGCUAUCUGACCCACCUUCCAGGAUUGGAAGAGAUAUAUAUUUCCUACAGUGGACUUACUAGCGUGGAGGACCGUGCGUUUGAAAAUACAGGAACACUGAGAAGAAUCACUUUGAAGUACAAUGCAAUUUCAAAGAUUACCAGGAUGACUUUUUAUGGAUUACAUCAUCUUGAAAAUCUGGAUUUAAGUGGAAACAAAGGGUGCGUUAUUGAAGAAGGCUCGUUCUCGUCUGUCUCGACAUUAAUGUAUCUGUUCCUGGGCGACAUGAAGUUAACGUAUUUACAGAGUGGACUCUUUACAGGAUUAUCUUCUUUAAGAACACUGGAUCUUCAUGGAAAUGAAUUCUUAGAAAUCAAUUCUGAUGCGUUGAUUGGUAUAUCAAGCCUGAUGAAAUUAGAUCUGUCGUCAAAUCACCUUGUUAAAUUAUCUGCAUCUAUGGAACCCUUUCUCGGCAAGAGAGACUCCAACCUAGAAGAUAACCCUUGGCACUGUAAUUGUGAACUACAAUGGAUGAAGCGUAUGUUCCGUAAAGGUUUGCCACACAUAGCAAAUCCCAUUAUUUGUUAUACACCAAUGAGGCUUCGAUAUAUGACUCUCAUUCGGGUACCGAAUGACAAAAUGAAAUGCCAUCCUCCAAAAAUAACUCAGUGUGACGGACCAUAUAGAGUUGGUCUGGGACAAGACCUCACUGUCUCCUGCUUAGUAGAUGGUGACCCGUUUCCUGACUUCUUCUGGACCAGACCUAAUAAAUCAACAACCCCAACAAAUAUGUCAAAGAUAUCUUCUGUUGAAUACAUGACGUCCCAAACCGUAACGCUUGACAUUAAACAUGCCCGUCUUCAACAUGACGGCAACUGGUCAAUCUCUGCUAAAAAUAAAUAUGGCCAACAAGUUAAAUCAUUCAAUGUACACGUCAUUGUACCAACAACUACAUCAACGUCUACGGCUGCCACCACGAGACACGUGACGUCACCGGACCAGACGACAACAGCCGUAAAGAGUGUAACUGAGAAACUGAAUCCAGGGUUUUUAGCUGCAGCUGCUGGAUUUGGAUUCACAGCUCUCGUGACAUGUUGCACGUGCAUUUGCACGGCUAGGUAUGUGCACAAACGAAAUCGAACUAGACCCCAGAACAAACCGUGGCACAAAGGUGGACAUCUUGACGAAGUUACAGUUGUCGUGCCAAAACCACCAUCGUGA